AUGUCAUUAGCAACACUAAAUAUAUGUACUCAUUCGGGUACUUUCCAUGCAGAUGAGUCACUUGCGGUUUUCAUGUUGAAACUACUUAAACGGUUUUCAAAUGCAAAAGUGACUAGAUCUAGAAAACCAGAGGAUUGGGAAUCCGCAGAUAUUGUCGUUGACGUGAGUGGAAAGUAUGACGCUAAAAAGUUCUUCGAUCAUCAUCAAAGGGAAUUUACUGGCACUUUCAACUCUGAAUAUAAGACAAAGCUCUCGUCUGCUGGCUUGGUGUUCAAACAUUUUGGCAAAGAAGUUAUCGCCAAGGUGUUGAAAUUUGAUGUUAAAGAGAAGGCCACCGAUAUCGAAUUUUUAUACGAUAGAGUUUAUAAGGACUUUAUUGAGGCUGUUGAUGCUAACGAUAAUGGUAUUGACAAGUAUGCCAACCAAAAGGAGUUGGUUCCACGGUUCCAUGAUAAAAACUUCAGCUUGGCUGGCGUGGUUUCCAACUUGAACCCUUCGUGGGACACUGAUCCUACAGAUGCUGACUUUGAUCGUAUGUUUAUAAAAGCUUCCCAGAUUAUGGGUGAGGCAUUUUUAGAGUUCUUGACAUACAUGGGUAAAUCCUUUCUUCCAGCUAAGCAGUACGUUGAGAAGGCAUAUGGGGAGAGAUUCGAUGUUGAUAAGAGCGGAAAGAUCAUAGUCAUGGAACAGUAUGUUCCAUGGAAAGAGCAUGUCUACAACAUUGAGAAGGCUAAUAAUGCAGUUGGCCAGAUCUUGUUCGUUCUAUUCCCAGACACGACAGGCAGCUGGAGAAUUACUGCAGUGCCAGUUUCUGCAGCUUCGUUUGAUUCCAGAAAGAAAUUGCCAGAGCAAUGGAGAGGACUAAGAGACAAUGCUUUGAGUGAAAAGACCGGAAUUCCAAACUGUGUGUUCAUUCAUGCAGCCGGUUUCACUGGAGGCGUCAAAUCCAAAGAGGGUGCAAUUAAGCUUGCAAAGAUGUCAAUCUAA